GCAAACCGCUGAGGAAUAGUUUUAUUCACGCUGGCCAUGGAGGUCAUGGAGCCGAGUCAUGGGGUAAUCCGGCUUAUAUUGACUCAAUGUAUCUGAAGAACCCUAUGGAACCACCGGAUGUCCUGGGGAUCCAAUCGGACGAGCCUUCUGUUCCAAAACUGGCCAAUAGAAACAAAAAAACAAUACAUUUGUCUGACUUUAAGCAAAUUGAGUCCAAAAAGAUUAAUCAAUUCGGAUAUAAUAAACUCCAAAACGAGAAAGUAAUGGUUUAUAAGACUAAUGUGUCUAAUCUUCCGCGCCGUUCGUUAUCGUAUACACAACUGAAGACCGCAACCGAUCAAUGGAGUGAAGACCAGUCCAAUGGUCAGAGAGACGGCGUUUUAAUUGAUUUAAGCGAUGAGGUGUCCGUGGACUCAUUUACCGCUCAACAAAUUAUGACCGAAACUCAUAAAGCAUUGGUUUCUAUGAGUCAACCGGAAACGAGUGGACAGACACAUGAAACACAAGGCGUGACGGCAAGCAAUGAGUGGUCAGAAGAGCGCAGUUAUUGUAAUCUUCCCGUUGAGUCCCAAGAGUUGGCCAAUAGUUGCAAAUACUAUUCGCCGCCCUUAGAGUUCUCGGAUAUUCCCGUCAAUAAUGAGGACUCCUUUUCAAACAAAGACCGCUAUUAUUCUGCAGUCGCUUCCGGUGAAGAAUCUCAGAUACAAUGGACGCCUUCAGUGCCACAAAACAAUAUAUUUGGUCUCAACUAUAACACCAAUACUAAUACCAAUACCACGACUAAUGAACGCCAAUUCGAU